CUUCCUAUUUCGAUUCUAAAGCAAACUUGGCCUCCGCUGGCCGCCGUAAAAGGGGUUGGGCUUGGUGUUCUCCCGCCAAUUUAAAUUUGUGGCAUAGACCUUAAAGAGACUGGGAACGUCUGUUGGAGCUCGGAAGGUGGGGGGGACGGUACACUUGAGUGCUCCUCUUUAGUUUCUUCAAUUACAGGGAAGGCAGUGGUUCCUGUCUCAGGAAAACAAUUUCAGAAAUAUGUGGAAUGAUAUUGAGCUGCUAACAAAUGAUGAUACAGGAAGUGGGUACCUAAGUGUUGGUUCAAGAAAAGAACAUGGAACUGCUUUAUAUCAAGUAGAUUUACUAGCGAAGAUCUCCUCCGAAAAGGCCUCAUUAAAUCCAAAACUACAAGCAUGCAGCUUAAGUGAUGGGUUUAUUAUUGUAGCGGACCAAUCAGUGAUACUGUUGGACAGUAUUUGUAGAUUGCUUCAAUUGCAUCUUAUAUUUGAUACUGAAGUGGAUGUGGUUGGCCUAUGUCAAGAAGGAAAGUUUCUUCUGGUUGGGGAGAGAAGUGGCAACUUACAUCUUAUUCAUGUAACAUCAAAGCAAACAUUACUCACCAAUGCUUUUGUUCAGAAAGCUAAUGAUGAAAAUCAGUGUACUUACCGGAAUCUUGUUAUUGAGAAAGAUAGUUCAAAUGAAGGUACCUAUUAUAUGCUGCUUCUUACAAACAAUGGAUUUUUUUGUAUUACAAACCUUCAGCUUGUAAAAAUUCAACAAGCGAUUGAAAAGGUAGACUUCCAUACGGCAAAAAAGUUACAAGGACAAAUCAAGUCCAGUUUUAUUUCUACUGAAAAUUGUCAUACCCUUGGUUGUCUCAAUCUUGUGGCUGGUGAUUUAGCAAGCGAAAUCCCUGUGAUAAUUGGGGGAACUGGUAAUUGUGCAUUCUCAAAAUGGGAACCAGAUUCUUCUAGGAAAGGGAUGACCGUUAAGAGUGUUAUUGAUGCAGAGAUUAUUGAAGGUGCAAAGAAGUUCCAGCUGAUAGACAAUCUACUUUUUGUUCUUGAUACCAAUAACAUGCUGAGCUUAUGGGAUAUUUACACCCUAACUCCCAUAUGGAACUGGCCCUCCCUUCACAUAGAAGACUUUCUUCUCACCACAGAAGCAGAUUCACCUUCAUCAGUCACGUGGCAAGGGAUUACAAAUCUCAAGUUAGUAGCCUUGACAACUACUACUAAUAAGAAGAUGAGAAACUUCAUGGUCUAUUCAUUACCUAUGAUGGAAAUACUAUAUUCUUUGGAAGUAUCUAGUGUUUCUUCUCUGGUCCAAACAGGAAUUAGCUCAGAUACCAUAUACCUUCUGGAAGGAAUUUGCAAAAAUGAUCCAAAACUAUCUGAAGACUCAGUUUCUGUUUUAGUACUCAGAUGUCUUACAGAAGCUUUGCCAGAAAACAGAUUGAGUCGGUUACUUCACAAACACAGAUUUGCUGAAGCCGAGAGCUUUGCCAUUCAGUUUGGACUAGAUGUUGAGCUUGUUUACAAAGUAAAAUCAAAUGAUAUAUUGGAGAAACUAGCUUUGAGUUCUCUGAACACCAGUGAGCAGACUGAAUGGCAAAAACUUGUAGAUGAAGCUAAGGAAAAUCUGCAUAAAAUCCAGGACGAUGAAUUUGUGGUGAAUUACUGCUUGGAGGCUCAAUGGAUAACCUAUGAAACAACCCAGGAAAUGCUAAAUUAUGCCAAAACCAGGCUUUUGAAGAAAGAAGAUAAAGCUGUUCCUAUCUAUUCUGAUGGCUUAAAAGAGGUUCUAAGGGCUCAUGCAAAGUUGACUACUUUUUAUGGAGCAUUUGGACCAGAAAAAUUCAGGGGUAGUUCUUGGAUUGAAUUUCUGAAUAAUGAAGAUGACCUUAAGGAUAUUUUUUUACAGCUAAGAGAAGGAAACCUUGUUUGUGCACAGUACCUUUGGCUGAGACAUCGGGAUCAUCAAAACAUGGAGGAAGUUUGUCAGUUAAGGACUUUGGUAAAUAACCUACGAGAGUUAAUCACACUGCAUAGGAAAUACAACUGCAAAUUGGCCCUCUCUGAUUUUGAGAAGGAGGAUACAACCACCAUUGUAUUCCGAAUGUUUGAUAAAGUACUGGCCCCCGAGCUUAUCCCUUCCGUCUUCGAGAAGUUUAUAAGAGUUUACGUGAGGGAACAUGACUUACAGGAGGAGGAACUUCUCCUUCUGUACAUAGAGGAUUUAUUGAAGAGAUGUAGCUCAAAGUUCACCUCACUCUUUGAUACAGCAUGGGAAGCAAAAGCUAUAGCAGUAAUAGGAUGUUUAUCUGACACAGAUCUCAUAUUUGAUGCUGUGCUCAAGAUAAUGUAUGCAGCAGUGGUCCCCUGGAGUGCAGCUGUGGAGCAGCUGGUGAAACAGCACUUGGAGAUGGACCAUCCCAAAGUCAAGUUAUUACAGGAAAGUUACAAACUAAUGGAGAUGAAGAAACUUUUACGAGGCUAUGGAAUAAGGGAGGUGAAUCUCUUAAGCAAGGAAAUAAUGAGGGUGGUAAGAUACAUUCUCAAACAAGAUGUCCCAUCUUCUUUAGAGGAUGCUUUAAAGGUGGCCGAAGCAUAUAUGUUGCCUAAAGACGAAAUCUACAGUCUAAGGAUUAUUGACCUGAUUGAUAGAGAAAAGGGUGAAGACUGUAUCCUUCUGUUGAGGUCUUUGCCUCCUGCUGAAGCUCAGAAAACUGCAGGAAGAGUAAUCAUAUGGGCACGGCUGGCAUUACAGGAAGAACCAGAUAAUUCUAAUGAGGACAAGGCCUGGAGACUGUCUGUAGCGAAGACAUCAGUAGACAUUCUUAAAUUACUGUGUGACAUUCAGAAAGACAAUCUGCAGAAGAAGGAUGAAUGGGAAGAAACCUUGAAACAAUUUAAAACUGUUGCUAGCUUACAGGAGAACUUCGAGGUCUUUCUUUCAUUUGAAGAUUACAGCAGUAGUUCCCUGGUAGCAGAGCUCCGGGAACAGCACAUUAAAGCUCAGCAAGUCGCACAGGCUAAACACAAACCCUGGAGGCCAGCAGAGCCUGCGGCUGCCGAGGAGGACAGGCUGAGCGCCGAGUCCAAGCUGCACCGACAGGUGCUGGCCCUGCAGGUGUCCCGGCAAGAGCUGGAGGCCAAGAUGAUCUUGAGGGCCUUGAACGACUGGAACGUGGAAGGGGCACUGAGAAAAUGCAGAGACUUGUUUAAGUAUCACUGCAACACCAACACUGGAAAAUUGCUGUUCCUGACGUGUCAGAAGCUUUGUCAGAUGUUGGCUAAUGGCUUUCCAAUGGCAAUCCCUGAGGGACUAAAUCUUCCUUCUGAGAUACAUGAUCUAGCAUGCCAGGCUGCCACCAUCUGCAGUCCAGAUUUUUUGCUAGAUGCCUUAGAACUCUGUAAAUAUACUUUAAUGGCAGUAGAGCUUUCCAGACAGUGCCAAAUGGAUGACUGCGGAAUUCUCAUGAAAACUUCCUUUGGAACUCAUAAAGAUCCAUAUGAGGAGUGGUCUUACUGUGACUUCUUCAGUGAAGAUGGGAUAGUUCUCGAGUCCCAGAUGGUGCUCCCUGUCAUCUAUGAAUUGAUUUCAUCACUUGUGCCUCUGUCUGAAAGCAAGAGAUAUCCCUUCGAUUCUACAAGUUUACCAUACUGCUCCAUCAGUGAAGGAGACAGCCUUAUGUUACCUAUUAUCAAUUCCAUCUCUGCCUUGCUUCAGAACCUUCAGGAAUCUAGCCAAUGGGAGCUGGCCCUAAAAUUUGUAGUUGGUUCAUUUGGUACCUGUCUUCAGCACUCUGUGUCAAACUUCAUGAAUGCCAGUUUGAGUGACAAGUUGUGUGGAGAGGCCACAUUAGUUAAAUCCAAGCAUGUUGUUAUGGAAUUGAAAGAGAAAGCCAUUAUGUUUAUCAGGGGAAACGCCGCAACACUUUUGUACAAAGUAUUUAAUUGUCGCCUGGUGGACCUCAACUUGGCAUUGGGGUACUGCACUCUCUUACCACAAAAAGAAGUCUUUGAAAAUAUAUGGAAGCUCAUAGAUAAAGCAUGGCAGAAUUACGACAAAAUAUUGGCAAUAUCUCUGGUGGGCUCCCAGCUGGCCAGUCUCUAUCAGGAAAUAGAAAUGGAGCUUAAGUUCUGUGAACUCAGUACUGAUUCCCGGUGGGGCAUUCGUCUUAGUAAACUUGGUAUUUCUUUCCAGCCAGUUUUUAGGCAACAUUUUCUCACCAAGAAAGACCUCAUUAAAGCUCUUGUGGAGAAUAUAGAUAUGGAUACAAGCCUCAUUCUGGAAUAUUGCAGCACAUUUCAGUUGGACUCAGAUGCAGCUCUUCAGCUGUUCAUUGAAACACUCCUCCACAACACUAAUGCCAGCCAGAGCCAGGGAGACACAAGCAUGGAAUCCACAAAGGAGCAGCGUUCCAAACUCCUGGCCAAAGCCAUCGAAAUGGUUCCUUUACUGACAAGCACAAAAGAUUUGGUCAUCAGUCUUAGUGGAAUACUGCAUAAGUUGGAUCCCUAUGACUAUGAGAUGAUUGAAGUUGUCCUGAAAGUCAUAGAAAGAGCUGAUGAAAAGAUAACCAACAUUAAUAUUAAUCAGGCAUUGAGUCUUCUGAAACAUUUGAAGUCAUACAGAAGAAUUUCUCCUCCAGUGGACCUAGAAUAUCAGUAUAUGUUGGAGCACGUAAUAACUUUGCCAUCAGCUGCCCAAACUAGACUGCCUUUUCACCUAAUAUUCUUCGGCACAGCACAGAGCUUCUGGAAAAUUCUCUCUACGGAACUCAGUGAAGAAUCCUUCCCAACAUUGCUCUUAAUUUCUAAGUUAAUGAAGUUCUCUUUGGACACUCUGUAUGUGUCUACAGCCAAACACGUUUUUGAAAAAAAACUGAAGCCUAAGCUCCUGCAGUUAACACAAGCUAAAUCCUCGACACUGAUUAACAAGGAGAUAACUAAGAUCACUCAAACCAUCGAAUCCUACUUGUUAUCUAUCGUUAACCCGGAGUGGGCUGUAGCCAUUGCCAUCAGUCUAGCCCAGGAUGUCCCAGAAGGUUCCUUCAAGAUGUCCAGUUUGAAAUUCUGCCUGUAUUUAGCUGAGAGGUGGCUUCAGAAUAUCCCAUCUCAGGAUGAAACACGUGAAAAAGCUGAAGCUCUGUUGAAGAAGCUUCAUAUUCAGUACCGGCGAUCAGGCACAGAAGCUGUGCUCAUAGCCCACAAGCUGAACACUGCAGAGUAUUUACGAAUGAUCGGGAAACCAGCACAUCUCAUUGUCAGUCUGUACGAACAUCCCAGCAUAAAUCAAAGAAUUCAGAAUUCAUCUGGCAAAGAUUAUCCUGAUAUUCACGCGGCUGCCAAAGAAAUAGCUGAAGUCAAUGAAAUUAAUUUGGAGAAAGUCUGGGACAUGUUGUUGGAAAAAUGGCUGUGCCCGUCUGCGAAACCUGGUGAAACACCAUCAGAAUUAUUUGAACUUCAGGAAGAUGAAGCACUACGAAGAGUCCUGUAUCUCCUUCUGUCUCGUCCGGUUGAUUAUAGUUCAAGAAUGCUGUUCAUUUUUGCAACAUCAGCUACAACUACGUUAGGUGUGCACCAGCUCACUUUCGCCCACAGAACGCGAGCCCUGCAGUGUCUCCUCUAUUUGGCUGACAAGGAAACUGUAGAAUCUCUCUUCAAAAAACCCAUUGAAGAAGUGAAAUCUUAUUUGAAAUGUAUAACUUUUCUGGCAUCAUUUGAGGCUCUGAAUAUCCCCAUCACAUAUGAAUUAUUUUGCAACAGUCCUAAAGAAGGAAUGAUUAAAGGUCUAUGGAAAAACCACAGCCACGAAUCCAUGGCCGUAAGGUUGGUGACUGAGCUUUGUUUAGAAUACAAAAUCUAUGACCUGCAGCUUUGGAAUGGACUCUUGCAAAAGCUUCUUGGCUUCAGAAUGAUUCCUUAUCUAAGGAAGGUUUUAACAGCCAUUUCUAGCAUCUAUUCUUUAUGGCAGGUUCCCUACUUCAGCAGAGCCUGGCAGCGCGUGGUUCAGAUACCGCUACUUUCAGCCUCUUGUCCUUUAAGCCCCAGUCAGCUGUCAGAUUGUUGUGAGAGUCUCAGCGCUGUGCUAGAAUGUCCAGUUUCAGAUGAUCUUGACCUGAUCAGAGUGGCCAGGCAGUAUGUCCAGUUAGAGCUUCCAGCUUUUGCAUUAGCCUGUCUAAUGCUCAUGCCCCACUCGGAAAAAAGGCACCAGGAAAUAAAGAAUUUUCUGGGCUCCUGUGACCCUCAGAUCAUUUUACAGCAGUUAGAGGAACAUAUGAAUACUGGCCAGCUGGCAGGGUUUUCACAUCAAGUUAGAAGUCUGGUCCUGAAUAAUAUCAUAGAUAAGAAGGAGUUUGGGAUUUUGGCAAAGACAAAAUACUUCCCAGUGUUGAAAUCACACAUGAUGAAUACCAACAACGUCACUGAACUAGUAAACUAUUUGGCAAAUGAGCUAAGUUUAGAUGAAGCUUCCAUCUUUAUAACUGAAUAUUACAAGCACUGUGGGAAACCUGUGCCACCAGGAGCCACUCCCUGUGAAACUCUGAAGAGCGUAUCUGUCAGUGGCCAGCCAGAAAUACAGAAACCACUCUAGCUAGUUGAAGCAGAGAAGGACUGAGUGUCAGGAAUUGGUUACAAAGCUGUCAAGAGGACUGAAAGGCAAAAGGGAGAUGAAGAGGGGGUGCUGGAGAAACUAAAGGGAAGGGGCUGUUCGCCUAACAUCAGAAGCUGCUUUGAGACUUCCCUGGUGGUCCAGUGGUAAAGAAUCCGUCUUCCAAUGCAGGGGACGCAGGUUCAAUCCCUGGUCAGGGGACUAAGAUCCCACAUGCCGCAGGGCAACUGAGGCUCUGUGCCGCAACUACAGAGCCUGAGUACCACAACUACAGAGCCCAUGUGCUCUGGAGCCUGUGUGCCAAAACUAGAGAAGAGAAAACCCGCAUGCCACAAUUAGAAGCCUGCGAGCUGCAGCAAAGAGCCAGCGCACCGCAACGAAAAGUUCCUGCACGCCUCAACGAAGAUCCUGUGUGCCGCAACUAGGACCCGACGCGGCCAAAAAUAAAAAUUAAAUCAAAUAAACAAUUAAUUAAUUAAAAAAAGAGAAAAGGAAGCUGCUUUGCCUCGGAGCUCGGGCGCUGCUGUUCCGGAGGCUGAGCCUCCUCCCGCCGGCACUGCUGCCCACGCAGCGCUUGGUCACCCUUGGCUAUAGUGCUGCCGCCUCCAGAAGGGAAAAGAGUCAGGGUUUUGCUUUCUCCAGCCUCCUAAUUCUCGUGCCAGUGCCAAGAAAUAGCAGGAAUGAACAGAAGCCAUCUGGCAAGGGGUCUGGGAGAUGCAGGCUGCAGGCUGUAAGCCCCCGGCAGGACAGGGCAGGAUGGAAGCUGGCCUGCAAGGGCGGCAUGGAGUUGAGAGCCUGCAGCCGGGACCCAGCACACAGAAACGUCACUCACACCUCUAUCCUGCCUGUGUGGUCUUUUUCUCUACUUGUGAAUAAACUGAAUUUGAUAAUACUAGAAUUUGUUUGCCUUUGCCUGUUGAGAAAAAUAUUAUUUCUAUACAGGAAACAACGUGCUAUGACUAAAAACAUGGGUUUUGGAUAAAAAACAAGUCUGGGUUUGACCUCUGGCUCUAUCACCUACGAGCUGUGUGAUCCUGGACAAGUUAUAUAACGUCUCAAAGCCUUAAUCCCCUCGUUUGUAAACCUGCUACUUGCAGUAGGUUUAGAUGGUCAUCCACUUGCUCUCUUCUGGAAAUUUACAUCAAUAUUUUCCACAAACCUUUUUCCUUAUUUGGAGUUAUUUCCUUAAGAUACAUUCCCAGGAACAGAUUCACCAGAUCAAAGGGAAUAAAGGAUUUUUUUUUUUUUUUGACCAUGCCGAGUGGCUUGCGGGCUCUUAGUUCCCUGACCUGUGAUUGAACCCGUGCCCCUUGCAGUGGAAGCUCAGAGCCCUAACCACUGGACUGCCAGGGAACUCUCAGAAGGACAUUUUAAAGACUGGAUGCAAAUUGCCAAAACUGCAUGCAUUUCAAAAGGUCUUCUUCACAAAAGCCUAUUCCUACCAGAAACAUGAAUGUCUGCUUUACUGUAUCCUCCCCAACAUUGGGUGAUCAUACUCUUUUUUUUUUUUUUUUCAUUUAUUUACUUUUGGCUGCGUUGGGUCUUCGUUGCUGUGCGCAGGCUUUCUCUAGUUGUGGCGAGCAGAGGCUACUCUUCAUUGCAGUGCAUGGGCUUCUCACUGUGGUGAUUUCUCUUCUUGCAGAGCACAGGCUCUAGGCACAUGGGCUUCAGCAGUUGUGGCACAUGGGCUUAGUUGCUCUGCGGCAUGUGGGGUCUUCCCAGACCAGGGAUCGAACCCAUGUCCCCUGCAUUGGCAGGUGGAUUCUUCUUAACCACUGCAUCACCAGGGAAGUCCUGGCAAUCAUACUUUUUAAAACUUUUUGCUAAUUUGAUAGGUGAAAAUAGUGUCUUAGUAUUUACAUUUGUAUUUCUUUAAUAUCUAUGUGAUUGAACCUUAAGAAAACUGUAAUUAUAAGCCUGAGAUCACGAGUAGAGCCUGUGAUGGUAUUCUUGGGCAUAAAUGUGCAAGGAAUGAAAGGGUCAAGUGGUGGCACUAGAACGUAACAAAUGGAAAUGAACGUUCCGGCUUCAUGGACUCAAGCUGCGCUAAAAAAGGAGUUCUUUCCCAGUCUUAACUGGUUUCAUUGUUCAGAAUAAAGCUCUGGAUGUUAACUAGA